AUGGCCAGGUACUGUAUGUUGGAAAAAGUACGAAAGGAGUCCUAUAUAACGUUUGUUGGUGUUCCAGGUUCUGGAAAGUCUGCCACGGCUUACCACAUCGCACUGAAGCUUCAGGAAGAGGAAGACUAUGAAAUAGUACCCGUAACAGAACUGAGGGAUAUUAUUCAGUAUUGUGACCCUCAUAAUGCACAGGUUUUUAUCAUUGAUGAUGUGAUAGGUGUGCUUGGGGUCCAAAAUGAAAAACUCAACCUUCUCGUAGAUUACAGAGAGAAAAUUAAAAGUCCUUAUAUGGGUAAAUCAAAAACUCUCAUGACAUGUCGUAAAUCAGUAUACAAUGAAGUCCUCAGACGUACCUGUGUAUCCUUUCUGAGACAGGAAAAAAAUGUAAUAAGCCUCCAACAUUCCGAUAACAUGCUCUCUACUGAAGACAAGAAAAACCUGCUUCAGAAAUACGGAAUAAAAACAGAAAUACAAACACCUGAAAUGCUUACAGACGUAUCACAAAUGUUUCCACUUCUUUGCAGGCUAUAUUCUGAGGGAGAUACGUUUAGAAAGAUUGGUGCAAACUUUUUUAUCACACCAGUUCCAUGCAUUCUUAAAGAAUUAAACAAAAUGCAAAGCGAAAAUAAACUUCAAUAUGCAACAUUAAUACUGUGCAUGAUUAACAAUAAAAUUCUUUCAAGGGACAUUUUGAAAAGGAACGAUGUCAUUUUCAGUGAAAUUAAAAGAAAUGUUUUGGAGAAUUGUGAAGUGGAGAGUUGUACGGACACAUUUAAAUUUUUGAAUGCACUGGCAGCCAUGGAGGGUACAUAUACCAGACGAAAUGGUGAAGAGUAUACAUUUUUUCAUGACCAGUUGUAUGAAAUAACUGCUUGGCAUUAUGGAAGAAAGUAUCCGAGGGAUAUAGUUAACUGCAUGAGUAGUAGCUUUAUUGCUAACUUCGUAAAAACGAAACAAAACAUACGGAGCAGUGAAAGUCAUGGACGUAAACCUGGCGUUAUGAAUGAAGAUAAACUUUCCAUAGUUUUACCAUGUGAUCUCUACCCAUUGUUAGCCAGAAGAUUAUAUCGAGAUAUAGAGGGGAUGAAACUUUAUGUUUUUAUGGACGGCCACUUAAAACAUCCUGAUGUAUGUCAGGCCUUUAUUGAUGUCAUGAAGGAAAAAACUAAUGAUGAGAUAAAUACCUUGUUUUUAUCGAUUCAGCCAGAUGUAGGUGAAAUUUUCCGUAAAGGAAGGAGCGUGAUUAAGGAAAAGAAAAGACAUAGAAACGAAGAUGCGGAGAGAAGGAGACAAACACUCUUAGUAGACGAGGAUACAACUUAUAAUAUUCGGGUAAUCAGCUGGGUGAUAUUCUAUGGUCAGCACGAAAUCUUUCAAUAUAUUGAAAACAAAACUAAACAAAACAACGAAACAAAGUUAAAUUUAUUCCAACAUCGACGUGUCUGCUCAGAGAAGCAUCAAUCUAAAAGGGACUUGGCUGCAAUUAAAGAGCAACAAAUGCAACAUGAAAUUAUAAGUGAAUCUUUAAACCUUCAGCUAAAUGUUUCCAAUUUUCAGCUACUGUCUGUCGAAUCUGACAAACACAUUUGUUGUCCUGGGUUCCUAAGAGAACAAAAUCGACUAUUAGUUCUCAGCUGCUAUAGUGGGGAUCUCGAGACUGUAAAAAUUUUGAUGAAAUAUAUGAGCAAGGAGAUCUUGGAUAUGUUACCCGUAUACACAGAAUUUCGAGGCGGAAUGGACACUCCUCUUACAGCUGCCUGUUCCAACAUACACAUCAAUGUAGUGAAAGAGCUACUUCAAGCAGGGGCUGAUGUAAAUAAAAUUAAUAGCCUGGGUGAUUCACCAUUAAUUACUGCAUGUACUGAGGGCAACAGCGAACUGCAUUUGAUCUUAGUAAAUCUUCUUUACGACAAUAUUUUCGAUCCUGAUCUAUAUCGUCAGAAAAUGCAAUGUAGUGUGACAAGAAUGCAAGAUUUAUUAGAUACUCUUUUAGAAACAGGAGCUGAUAUUAAUUCAAAAGGUCGAUGGCACACACCACUGACAGCGUUAUGUGAACAUAGAGAUAGCUUUUUUGUGAAAUACUUGCUUCAGAAAGGAGCGGAUCCCAACGUUUUCUGUGGAAGCAACACUCCGUUAACAUCCGCGUGUCAGUCGGGAUGUCUCGAAAUAGUAAAUGAAUUAUUGCAGGCCGGGGCUGAUAUUACUACGGAGAAUGUGUUGUUCAAACCGCUGAAAAUUGCAUGUGAGUAUGGUCACACAAGUAUUGUUAAGACACUGUUUAAUGUUGGGUGUGAUAUAAACAUGCAGGAUGGACUAUCAACACCUUUGUCGACUGCCUGUCAAAAUGGACAUGUAGAUGUCGUAAUAUUCUUACUUGAAGCAGGCGCUGAAAUAAAUUUACCAGAAUAUUUUACUAUACCACUGAUCGAAGCAAGUUCGGGAGGCCAUUUAAAAGUAGUUCAAACAUUAUUAAAAUGGGGUGCUAAAGUAAAUGAAGACAAAACGUAUUCCGAUGUAUUAUCAGCUGCCGCUGACGGCGGUCAUCUGAAAGUAGUUAAGGAGUUACUAGAGGCAGGCGUUGCUAUUGACAGUAAAGACGGAUACAAUGCACUUGAAAUAGCUUGUUCCAGAGGCCAUAUAGAUUUAGUUAAAGAGCUUCUGGCAUUACUUGUGAUAGUAAAUAUCAUAAGCCACUUAUGCGUGCCUGUGAAAUGGGACAUUUAA